CAUUGUAAAAUUGGAGCAGUUCACCAGAGGCAUUAAUAGGAAUCAUAUUGAAACGCCAUAUUUAUAAUGAGCACUUUAUAGGUUCACAAGUCACCGCAAUACAGGUAAUAAUUAGUGAACAACAACCUUAAUACAUGUCCCUUUAGACCUUAAAAACAAAGCUCAGAGCUUCUCUCUUUCUCUCUGCCUCUCUCUUUUUUGGCUACUACGUACAGCUUGGAUCUUCCAAUUCAUGGCUGCCACCACCUCCACAAAUUGCACUGGAUUCUUCAAUUUCCGAUCAAAUUCCGACGAGGGCAGGAUCCGAAGCUCAUCCAGCCAUGGCUCGCCAGGGUGCGGAAAGCUUGAUGGGGUGGCUAUGUGGUUCAUAAAUGGCGUAGCGAGUGCAUUCUUCGCAUCAUUAGAGAGGUGUUCUUGCAUUCGUAUAGCAACGGAAGACGAUUGCGAUGAAGCUAAUGAUGCACCUCUGAUUCUCAACGAUGGAAACAUUAGGCAUAUUACUGAUGGUGCCACCUCUAGCAGGAAAAGAACAGCUGCAGACAAUGACAAUCCACGCUGCUAAGGAAUCCAAAGACUGAUGCGAUUGGUGGACUAAAUAAGACCAGAGGGAGGAAAAACAAAAACGGACAAAAAAAUUAAUUAAUAAUAGAAUGGUUAAUUAGUUAAGCUGGGAAACAAAUUCUUUUUUUUCUUUUUUUUAAAUCAGAAAAAGAUUUGAUCAUUUGCCCACAUCCCUCCACUCGAUUGAUUCCGAAACUCGAUCAUAGAGGGUGAUGUGCUAAUAGAAUUGAUUGUGUUUUUAACUGUGAUUUCUUUUGUGUAUUCUUGAAGUUGUUUUAUAGUCUUGAGAUAGACAAAUGAGCAGCAGUAUUUUGUAAAUAAGCUAAUUUGAGAAUUAUAGGAUUACUGUCGUUUUGUCCUAAUAUUUGGACAAAAAGAAUUGAAA